AUGCUUUCGACGUUGGUCAGGGCAGAAGGCAAAGCCCAACCUUCGACAUCGAGUCUGGUAGAAAUUCAAGGUUAUUUUUGGGAUCUGGGAACGCUCUCUUCUUCUAUCUCUCUUGCUCUUCGCUUCGCUUUUCUCUUUCACUCUACUUUUGUCUUUAUCGUUUCAUUUUUUUUUUUUGCAUUCUCUUUUUCUCUUUCUUUGACUUUUUCAUUCCCACUCUGUGUUUUUCUUUAUGUCAUUUUGUGUGAAAUUCUCUCUCUCUCUCUCUCUCUCUCUCUCUUUAUCUCUCUGCUCUUUUCUUUCUCUCUCUUUCUCGAUGCCAUUCUUUAUGCGGAUUCAUGUGGUCAUCUUCUUCUUUAUCUCUCUUGUUCUCCUCCUUCUAUGCCUUUCUCUUUCUAUGUUAUUUUCUCUACCUCUCUGUGCCUUUCUCUUGCCCUCUCUAUGAAUGUCUUUCUUUUUCUCUCUGAUCUCUUUUCCAUUCUAUUCUUGGGCUUUUUUCUCCUCUCUGCGUGUAAUACUGUUUCUGCGUCCGUGUCUCUGCUUCUGCACACGCUUGCACGUCCGCCAUUUUUUGCUAUUUUUCGCUUUUUUACAUUUUUGCUUUUCACCUUCUCUCUCUCUCUCUCUCUCUCACUCUGCUGCUAUCUAUAUCUCUGUUUUACUUUCUUUCCUUCACUAAUAAUUUUCUCUCUUUUUGACACUCUUCUUUAUGUGGCUUUCUUUCUUUAUAUAUUCUUUCUUAUGCUUCUCUUCCUCUCAUUUUUAUCAUUCUCUUUUUUUGCCCCUCCCCCCUCUCUCUCUCAAUUCCCAUACGAUCCACUUUUUCUCUCAGUGGAUUUUUGUUUUCGUUAUAUGCGUUCCUCUUUCCAUCACGCUCUCUUCGUCCCUUCGUUUUGUCCUUAA